GAAACCUUCAUCAAAAUAUUCUCAACCCGAUACUUCACAAAAUAACCCACCUUCAUCAACCUUUUCUCAACUUAAUAGAUCACGAUAUAAUACAAGUUUAUUAACAUCUUCUCAACCUAAUAGAUCAAGAACUUUAACAAAUAAACCACAACCUUCAACAUCAUUAGACUCAUUAUACCAACAAAUUGAAACAUCUUCUCAAUCUUUCAGUCGAACUCCUUCACAAUCAUUCAGCCGAACUCCAUCUCAACAAAGUAUGAUGACAUCAGAUAUUAUUAUAAAAUAUCAUAAUAUCAAUAUACCAAGGAGUUACCAAUCAAGUCACGAAGAAGUAACAAGUCACCAACCAAGUCAUGAAAGUUAUGAAGAAGAAGCAG